AUGUUCCUGCAUGUUGUUGGUCACAACCAAAGGUUUAGAGUUGUGCACCAGGCCUUUAGGAGGUCCAUUCAGACAGUACACAAGCACUUUCAUCAGGUUUUGUAUGCUGUUGGAGAGCUUAGGAAGGAACUUAUCAAGGCACCUAGCCCUACCACUCACCCAAAGAUCACUGGAAGCUAUAGAUGGAAUCCAUAUUUAAAGGACUGCAUUGGUGCCAUUGAUGGCACCCAUGUGCUGGCAAGGGUGCCUAGACACAUGCAGCAAGCUUUCAGGGGUAGGAAAACUAACCCGACACAAAAUGUGAUGGUUGCUGUGGACUUUGACCUCAAGUUCACAUAUGUUCUAGCUGGCUGGGAGGGGUCUGCCCAUGAUGCACUUAUCCUGGCUGAUGCCAUUGAGAGGGAUGAUGGGUUCACUGUCCCACAAGGUAAUUGCACUACCAAGUUCACAUUGUAGGUAAAUUCUACAAUGUCACAC